GAUGAAGUUCUACUGGAUGACAGAGGGUAUGAUAUUGAUGACACACCUGAUAAACCGCUUCCACCUAAACCAGGCAAAAAGGGGUUUUUCCUAAGGACCAGGGUCGCUUCUAAUGAUUCAGCUUCCCAAGAUGAUUCAGGCUCCUGCCUGCCAGUGACCAUCAAUCUCCAGAAGCAUCCACAUCCUGCCUUACCCCCACAGCCAGUUGGACUUACGCAGAAUCAGAUUAAACGUAGACUGGUUAUUGAAUCUAUAAUCAGUAGUGAGAGAUCAUAUCUGGACAGUUUGGAGCGUCUUGUCAAGGAUUAUGAGAAAACACUGUUGGAAUUCAUCCCUCAGCCAAAGUCGCACGUGAGACGGGUUUUUUCAAAGAUGAGAGAGAUAAUCGGUCAUCAUAAAAUGUUUCAAAUUGAACUCUCAGAGCGGGUGAAGUUGUGGGAUGAAGAAGAAAAAAUUGGGGAUAUAUUCACAGCAUCGUUUUCCAAAACGAUGCUGAUCAACGCUUACAGUGUCUAUGUAAAUAACUUUGCCGCAGCAAUGGAUGAAGUGCGUCUGCUGCAGAGGGCCAGGCAGAUUUUUCAAGACUUCUUGCAGAAGCAAGAGAAGAAUUCUGCUGACAGACUGUCCAUAUUUGGCCUAAUGGUGAAGCCAGUUCAACGAUUUCCUCAGUUCAUUAUGUUUCUACAGGACUUAAUCAAGCUUACGCCACAGAGCCAUGAUGAUAGGCGUGCUCUUCAGUUGGCCUUGACGGAGUUAGAAAAUGUGGCUUACAGAUUAAAUGAGCGGAAGCGACAAAUUCAGCAUGUCCUGGAUACAUGGAACCUGGAUGUGGAUCACAAACGGAGACUUAUCCGCACUGAUAGUGUAGAACAGAUGCACGGUGACAUGGACAACUUGAAAUGUAAAGAUAGACGACUGAUUCUGAUGAAUGACCAUGUUUUAUGUGUCAAAGUCAUACACAAGGAGAUCUCAGGCUUUGAAGUUGAGAGGUAUGCUCUGAGAUGGGUGGACAAGUUGAAAGACCUUGAGUUGAAGGACACAUCUAUAACUUGUGGUGUUCAAAGCAUUCUAGGACGAGAGUCUGGGAGGAUACCUGUUUCUCAGCAGCUAGGUGAGUCUGAGGAUGACCCAUUCCAUUUGCUUGCAGACCUUCAUGACAUAUCUCAUGACCAUGAAAUCAUCAAACAAAUGUCUGCAUUGGCUUCCAGGCUGAGACGUUCCUAUGCAGGUCAUGGUUUAAGAGAGGAGUUAAUCCAUGAAAUAUCCAACGACCUGCAGCAGAUGAUUCAAGUAAAAGAAGAGCAGCUACGGUUGGUUAAUAGUUGCACAGUUGUCCUUGAAGAUACUGCAAGAUUAGACAAACCACACCGUGUGUUACAAAUGGCCACACCUGCCCUCAAGCUGGACUGGUGUAUUGAUUUCCUGAUGGCCAAGCUGGCCUCGGACAAAUCCAAUAAUUUGGCCUGGGACGGCACUUCUGGCAGUGAUGGUGGUGACUUUGACGUUGUGCCAGCAUACUUUUUGAAACAAAUUCCUGUAGAUGUGCCCAAAAAUUAUACCAGUAUCAAAUGUGCUGUCUCUGUUUACCUGAACUCGAAGAGAUCUGCCAGUGGACUAGGCCUGCAACACCUGUGGGUAUGUUCAUCCACACCUGCACAUGGGCAGGUGUCAAUCCUUUCCGUACACAACUCAAAGCCAGCUCUCGUGGAGUCAUUCAGAGCUUGCGGUAGUGACAUACUGGCCGUAGAAUUAGUUCCAGGAUGUGGUCAGGUGACCCAGCCAGGGAAGUUGCUGUUUGCCGAGGAUACUGUUUGGAUGGCCACAAGCCAAAAUGAAAUCCUCAUCUUCCCAUUAACAAGUGAAGAUGGUGUCCGACGCCAGCCACUGACCAGCAUCCCAGCCUCACACACCACAGUGUCCAUCAAGUUUGUGGAUGAGCAGUUUUUCUGUGGGUCUACAGCUGGAAUUCUAACCAUCUUCACACGUGAACCAGACGGGAGCUGGAACAUCUCCAGCCCGACAGCUCUGAGUGUCGGCACGGCCAGUGUGAAGUUGCACUUUGUGUAUCAGCAGUACAUGUGGGUCAGCUGUGGCAGCCGACUGUCUCAGCUGGAGAUUGACAGCUUGCAGGUGGAGUCAGUCUCUGUGUUACAAGUCAGCGAUGAAUCCAACAUUGACCACGUGGUCAAGUCUGGCGUCGGAAUCUGGGUAUCCUUUUGCGGCCACUCCGUCAUCAAACUCUUUCAUCUGGAAACCAUGGAAAACCUGCAGGAAAUAAGCGUUGGGAACUUCGUCAGUCGGAUAAUAACAGAAAAAUCGUGGACCAUAACUGGAGGGUCUGAAAACCUUGCAGUGACUGCUCUUGCUGUCAGUCGAGGUUUCCUAUGGAUUGGAACAAGCUGUGGGGUCAUGCUGACCGUGCCCUUACCAAGAUUAAGUGAUGGUGUUCCACUGUACAGAGGCAGUCCAAAGUUGUCCUUGCAUGCCCAUAAGGGACCAGUGCUGGAAAUGAAAAGAGCUAGUUCGUUAUUGUCUACAAUUGAAACAAGACAAAGUCAUCGAAAUUUAGAAAGGAAAAGACUCGAACUUGAGACAUUACAUCAGAGAAUGAGAAAUACAGGGAUUGAUGAGUCUGUAGAAAUUACAAAUGUUGAAAAUCUGAAUGUUCUAGAAUCUGACAGUAAUCAAAAAGUGUUGUCUAGAUUUUCAAAUUCUGUGAAUGAAAAUGAUCAAGCCAAAACAGUAGGGCUAUCUGGCACUGGUGAAAAUUUUGGUUUGAAUGUGCCAGUUUCAAACAGGCAAUCUUUCAUAGACAAAAAUGAAAGCUGGACAACUGUAGAUGAUAGCUCUGUGCAGCUGAGAAACAAACGGAGAUCAUCAGAAUCGUAUCGCCGGAGCAAAACAUUGUCUCCUUCCUUAGACUUAGUUCAUCGCAACAUGCUGAAAUCGAAGGUAUAUUCUCAGUCACACUUAGAUCUGAACUCUGCAGAACCUUCUGAAGUGGGAAUUCUCUACAGAGCCUUGCUGGAUGAUCUGUCCAGUGGUCAAGAGUUUAGAUAUGUUGGUGAAUCUGGUACUAAUAAAUUUAUGGGUGAAAAGUCAAGAAGAUGGAGUAACAGAGUAUCGUCACAGAUGUCAAACAUCAGCACUCCAUCAUGGCUGAUGACAUCAUCAUCAUCAUCAUCAGGACCAGCAUCACACAGCAGCAGUCAAGAAUCCAGACAUGAUUUACCAGUGCCAAAAAUAGAGUCACAGGCCGAAUCCACUGGUGGAAUCACAGAGUCGCACAGAGAUCACUCAACCAGUGGUGUCAGCAGAUUGACUGAAAGUGGAACUGCAGACAGGAAACACUUUUCUAAACCAAGCAGUAAUGCAGUGAUUGUCGUGAGUGGUGGAGAUGGUUAUUGUGAUUUGGACAUGGCCAGAAGGGAAACAAAGAUGGAUGACGCUUGUGUCCUGAUGUGGAUACAUAAGUUUUAUUGA